AUGCACGACCGCAGAAUCGCAGACAUCGAGCGGGCGCUGAUCGCCGGCGAGGAAUGCUCCCUUUACCCAAUGGAAUUGGAGCAUGCUCGCCACACCUUGAUAGAAGCUCGCAAGGCGGAUGCUGUGUACAGACUGGAAAAGGCACUGUCGAGCCGCGAAAUUGAGGCGAUCCGGAUUGCCAUUGAUCAAGCGGAGGAAGCUGGUGUGAGCCAGUCGAAGCUGCAGGCAGCAGAGAGGGCAUUGGAGGCUGUGAAGAAGCAGAGCGAUGCACGGCUACUGUUGCAUGAGGCCCGGCGGUCCGGGGACAUCCGCCAAUUGCGCCAGGCCAUCGACGACGCCAGCGAUUUGGGUCUACAAGAAGCCGAGCUGGUCCAGAUCAGGCUGGUGCUCGACCUGCUGGAGAGGAAGGCAGCCGCACGAGAGAGCUUGGACUUGGCGGUGCGAGACGCCUCUGUCGAGAAGCUGGAGGCCAGUCUCGCCAUGGCGGAGGCUGCAGGACUCAAACCGCCGGAGAUGCAGAAAGCGCGAAAGGCCCUGGAGCAAGAGGAGGCGAAGGCGGCUGCCCGGGUGGCGCUGAAAGAUGCAAAGCUAGGCAAAAAGGCAUCGGCAGAAGGUCGGAUCAAUGACCUGCGCGAAGCGGUGCAAGAAGGAAGAGAAGCAGGCCUGUCCCAGGAAGAGCUGGAGCCGGCGCAGCGGGUUCUCGAAAAGCUGCGGAUGGAGGUGACCGCGCGAAAGCAGCUGGAAGAGGCAAUGGAGCUGGGGAGCAUUGAUGCCCUGCGGCCAGCCAUUGCUGCGGCCGCUGCUGCAGGGAUCGAUGAGGAGGAGCUGUUCCCGGCGCAGAAGAAGCUGGAAGAUGCGUACAAGCCCACGGCCCGGGCGAAGCUGAAGGAAGCCGUGCAGCUCCGGGACAUCGCCACGCUGCAAGCGGCCAUCGACCAAGCCAAGGCGGUGGGGCUAUCAGUCAUGGCGAUCGCCGAGGCAUCGGAAGUGAUCAAGGAGGAGGAGCUGAAGAUCCAGCUGCGGAAGCGCCUUUCACAGCUCUACGGCAGCACCAACAUGCAAGAGCUGAGAGCAGCCGUCAACCUUGGCUCAGUGAACGGCCUGAAGGACAAAGAUCUCGCAGAUGCGCGCAAGCAGAUCUCCGAGCUGGAGCAGCAAGAAGCCUCCUGCGAGAGUCUGUCCGAAGCCAUCAAGGGCCGGGAGAUCGUGUCACUCCAGGUGGCCAUCAAGGCCGCGAAGGCGCUGGCGCAGCAGGUGCUCACCAACUGCAUCCCUCCGGAGCUGGUGGCAGACGCAGAGAAGGAAUUGAAGAAGGAGAUCGAGCAGUCUGCCCGGGACAUGCUCUUGGAUUCAAUCAAGCGCUGCAACGGCGCCAUGAAAGUGAUCGAAGCCGUCGCCGGCGAUUCGAACGAGCAGCCGGCCUUGAACGCCAAAGCGGCCCUGCAGCAGCGGCGAAGGAGCCAGGCGAACUUCGAGGCUGCGCUUCAAGCUAUCGGCAUCGACUCGCGGCCCAACAGCCGGGAGGCGCAGACACAACAAGCAGGGCGCAGGACUUCAGGGCUCGGCAAGCGGCGGAUGUCUGCCCUCCACAAUGGGCAGCUCGGGGGCAGCUCGGCGGCGGGGGACGAGUACAGCCAGAGGAUUCAGAACAUCCAAGUCUCCAUCCGUGGCGCGGAGGCCUUGGGCCUGGAUGAGACGGACAUCGCGCCUGCCCGCGAGGCGAGGCCGCAAGGGGUGCGGCGGUGCGGCGGUGCGCGCUGGGUGCUGCCAAAACGGAAGGGGGCGUGA